AGCUUUGCUUGUUUUUGUUGUUCCAUUUCAUAAUGCAAAUGCCUGAAACAGCAGCACGAAAAUUAGAGUGAUAAUUCGUGAAUAUACUAAUUAAUAUACGAGGAAGCAUUGUUAGGGUGUGACUCAUUGUUCUUUUGAACCGGAGAAGCUCGAAAAAACGGCAUGGAGAUGAGUGCGGCUAUGCUUGCUCGUGUUUCCUUUUAUCCGACGCUGCUCUACAAUGUCCUUAUGGAAAGGGCAACGGCAAGGAAUUGGUACGAUCGCAUUGAUGAGAAUGUUAUACUUGGAGCGCUGCCCUUUCGAAGCCAGGCAAAUGACUUAAUCGAAAAGGAAAACAUGAAAGCUGUCGUGUCAAUGAACGAAGAUUACGAGCUUACCGCGUUUUCAAACGACUCGCCCAAAUGGAAAGCCCUUGGCAUUGAGUUCCUACAACUAGCUACUACCGACAUAUUUGAAUCACCCAACCAAGAGAAGCUCUACCGUGGCGUCGAGUUUAUCAAUCGCUUCUUGCCAUUGUCAAAGCGCAUAGCCAAAAUAAACUCGUCGCAAUAUGCCGAAAAUAUUGGUUCGGUUUAUGUGCACUGCAAGGCGGGACGCACACGUAGCGCCACCUUGGUGGGUUGUUAUCUUAUGCUGAAAAACGGCUGGACCCCAGAUCAAGCUGUGGACCACAUGCGUCAAUGUCGUCCACAUAUCUUGCUGCACACCAAACAAUGGGACGCGCUUAGAAUAUUUUAUGCAAAUAACGUAGAGGCCAAGUCAUGACCCAACCCUGAUAACAGCCGUUGAAAGUUUAUUAAAUACGUAACAUAUGGUGCCAGUUUCUGAUUUUGCUACCAUUACCAAAAACUAAUUAGUGCUUUUUCAUGUAAAACGAUGUUUUAAAUACAAUUUUGUUAAAAUACGA